AUGGGAUUGCUCUGAGAGCCCAAGGCUCAUUAUGCAAAGGGCAUCGUUAUUAGAUGGGUGCACUAUUUUUCAUCCUCCCGGAAGCUGACCUUUAGCAUAGGGAGGAAGGAGGCUGAGCUCAGAGCUUUAGCACAGGAGAAGGCGCGGAGAGUUCGGGGCGUGGUGGGCUGCCGCAGGGUUUUCUACAGGAGUCCGGCUCUCCUGGGGACAUGUCAGCGGCGGCCUGGCCCGUGCGAACCGAGAGCAGGAAGCCGUGAGCCAGGCGGGCCGUGGAAGCGGCAGCGCGUCGACUCCCGGGCAGUCUCCAGGCCGCCCGCGGCGCCCGCGCCCUCAGGAUUCCGGCGCUCUGCCGGUUCCCCGGGAGUCGCCAUGGCAACGAACGCCGGGUCCUGGACUCGGCGGGAGGCGCCCGGCCCAGCUGCCACCUCCGCGGCUCCGAUGGAGAGCUGUGCCGACGCACCCGAGACCGAGGAGUGCUGGAAGAUCAUCGAGAACCUCGAGUCCACUAUUGAACAAUUCCAGUUCAGCCCCAGAUUUAACAUUUCAGAUGAUUUGAAGGUUGGCUUUUUCAGCACAGACCAUGCUACUCAAACGGAUUCCAGUGAGAUUUUGCCAUUAAAAGAGUUGAGUUCAUCUACACAAAAGCUAGUACAGAAUGAGGAUACCUUAAGAAAAUGCUACAAUCAGCAGCUGGCCGAUGCCAUAGCUACUAUCAAAGGAAUGUACCAGCAAUUCUUUGAGGUGGAAGAAGAGAAGACAUCUGUGCAUGAUGCAAGGACUGUCAAAAUGAAUAUUUUGUUAAAAAAACUGAAGGAGAAAGAAGAACUCAUUAAGGAAUUAAGAGAAGAACUGGACCAAUAUGAAGAAUUUGGAUCUCAAAAUGUUGACUCUUUUAUCAAAGACGGCAGCCCUCUAAGAACAGCUCUGGAAAAGGAAAAUUUGGAGUACAAAGUGGAAAAUGAGAGACUGCUUCAAGUCAUUUCAGAGCUCGAAGAAGAAAUCCAACUCAAUCUAAAAGAAAAUUCAGUAUUAGAAGAUGAAAUUAUAAGUCUGAAAGAGAUGGCAGAAAAGGAUCAUAAAACCAUUCAAAAGCUAAUCAAUGGCAGAGACAAAUUAAUAUGUGAGCUUGAUUUUGAAAAAUCAUUAGUGCAAGAAAUGGUUAAUAAACAGAAAGAGGACCUUGAAAUGAGAAGAAAGUUUGACGCCAUAGUCGCCAAGAGCCCCAGAGACAUCAAGGGGAAGGAAACCACAUUGUCCCCGUGGCCCUCACAGCCCGGGAGUGCAGGCGCUCCGAGGCCACAUUCUUCCUCCAUCGUUUCAUUGCUUCCAAAGGCCGAAAGAGUCAAGAGUCCAAAGAAGGCUUCAAAGGAAGAGCAGCCUACGGUUAGACAUGCAAUACCUGCUGCGAUGCAUGGAGAAAAAGCGAGACUAUCAGUGGCUAAGAUUGAAGAAGAGAAACGUGGUUUGGAAGAGCAAAUAGAAAUGUUAAAGGCUAAGUUAGAGAAAGAGAAAAAGAAGUCGGAGAGGAUUGAGAAGGAAUCAGAUCAGAUCAACAAAAACUGGGAAAAGAAAUUCUUAAUUCUCAGGAACAGCUUUCACGUCCUUAAGAACGAGAUGUUUACUAGGCACACAUUGUUCCGUCAGUUUGCAAUGCUGGCUGACACAUCCUUCAAUUAUGUUAAAGUUAAACCUUUAUUUGUGCGAUCCAAAGUGAAAUUGAUAACAGCGUCGACAUCUUCUGCAAAUGUUUAUCAUGCAUCUUCGAUAGACAACAGGUAUGUCGACCUAGACAGGGAUCACAUAUCCCUCCCUCCUUCACCAAGAGUGAGGCUGUCAGAAACCCUGGAAGAAGAGCCUUUGGAGAAGCCGUCGAUGCCCCAGAACACCCCAGUGAACGGUACAGAUGCUCCUGAGUGGGCACAGGACAGUGGGCUGCGCAGAGCGGGACCCCAGGAAGAGGGCCCUCCCCGUCCUGGCGUAAGGACUGCCUCCCUGACAAGGGACACCGUCUCCAAGGCGUUUCUAACGUAACUGUUCCGUCUCGCCACAUGUCGCACACGCUCUGGAGCACCGCGCUUGAAGAGAAGGCCAAGUAUGCGCUCUGUGCGCACCUUUCCAAGCUCGGAAGGAAACCCCGCUCGCUGGCGCUUGGUGAGCGGGGCGCACAGACCCUGAGCCGCCGCCAAAUCCAUCCAGGCGCUU